AUGUCGGGCAUAGAAAACACGCUACAGACGGUGCAGAACCAGCUGGAGUCGAUUCCGUUCUACGACGACUUCAUGGACAAGUGGAACGAGUUUGCCGGCGACAAGGUCAAGACGAAAGACCCGUACGUGGAGACGAUGCCGGACGGGUCGACGCGCAAGCUGAAGUUGCCCGAAAACGCUAGUAAGGAGGAAAAAAAGGCCUGGAAACGGAUCCAGCGAAGAGCCUGGAUCGACGACAAGUGUUUCCUGGGGUGCUAUCCCGUGGACUGCGGGAUUGGGUUGGGCCCGAUCGUGGUGUGCCUGCCGGGAAUUGGGCCGAUUCUGAUGUUUGCCGUGCACGCGAGACUGAUCCACAUGGCCAGUCACGUGUUCGACAUUGACCCGACAACGUACUCGAAAAUGCAGGCCAACAUUCUGUUUGACUUUCUUAUCUCGCUGCCGCCGCUGAUCGGGUCGUUUUUUGCGUGGAUGAACGGCUGUUCCACCAGAAACGCUGCUCUGGUGCACACUCGCGCGCGCAAGCUGCUGAUUGCCCGUGAGCAGCAGCAGCAGCAGCAGCAGCACCACGCCCCAGACAACUACCAGAACAGACCCGUGCCCGCUCCACCGCCUCCGCCAGCCGCCAAACGGCCCAUUUGGUACUGA